GAACUACAGACCGAGGUCAAUCGACUAAGAGGCCGAGAAGCUGAACUGACAGCACAGGUCGCUUCUUUUGGUGCCGGUUCGGCUGCUUCAGCUGGACCUGGCAGUGCACUGGCACAGUUGGUGCAGUCACAAAAGGAGCUUGUGGACGCCCUUAGAUCGAAAGAACAAGUCCGGUUGGUCGACAACAAGGGCCUUGGCAAGCCCGACAAGUUUGAUGGGACAGCCGAAAGAUUCUUGUCAUGGAAAAUCAAGACGUCCUCCUAUCUUGCAAGUGUUCGCAAAGACCUUCGUGAGAUUCUGGUUUGGGCCGAAGAUUGCGAUCAUGCAAUCACUGCAGAUGACAUCGACAAGGCUUUUGGGAGUCAAGCAGAUGCCAUUGACCAGGUGUCGAACAUCAGUGAAUUGAGACGCGAGCUUUGGGACGCGCUGCUAAUGCUGACAGAGCGUGAGCCCUUUGACAUCGUGCUGAACACCGGGGAAUGCGGCAUCGAAAGCUGGAGAAAGCUCACGCGGAGGUACGACCCAUCCACUGGUGGUCGCAAACGCGCUCUCCUCAAUGCAAUCUUGUCACCGGCUCGAUCCAAGAUGGAAGAUUUGCCGUCCAACCUGGAGAAGCUUCUUGACAGCAUCAGACUUUAUGAACGUCGCAAAGACGCAUCUGGCAACCGAACGAUGUUGGCAGAAGACAUCAAGAUCAACGUGAUUGAACGAUUGGUGCCGGCAGAGCUCGAGCGUCAUCUCGUUCUCAAUCGAGAUCGCUUCAAAACGUUCGAGUCCAUGCUGUCCGAGAUCCAGUCCUAUGUGGAACAUGCCACCGGCAACAAGAUCAAGGUGGUGAACAGCCAGCCCUACGACGCACAUGGCCGUGGGGACGAUCCUAUGGAUGUCGGAAGCUUUGGAAAAGAUGCAAAGGGAAAAGGUAAGGGCAAGAAGGGAGCUGGAGGAAAACCUGGAAAGGGAAAUGCAACAGCUGAGAAGAGAACAUGUCACAACUGCGGACGCCCAGGACAUCUGCGGGCAGAUUGCUGGGCACCUGGAGGCCCCAAACAUAAGGGGACGGGUGGCAAAGGCAACAGCAAUCAGAAUAAGGACAAGGGCAAGGGCAAAGGCAGCCCCGGAAAGCACAAGCAGAAGCCCAAAGGAGGCAAAUCUGUGAACAAUGUCGAACAAGGUGAACCAGAAGCAGAAGACUGGGACGCAGCUGAUGGCGACGAUGGUCAACAAGCAGCAAAUGGUUUAACGCUCUAUGGCGUUGAUGGGCCACCACAUGACGAGGAUGACGACGAAAGUUUCCAGGUCGAUCCCGAGUCCGAGGAGUCGGAAGCCUCGACAAGUCGCAGAAGGUGGUUUUCUUUGCCUCACCCACGUGCGUCAUGGCCUGAAGAGUGGGACGACCCCGACUAUGAUGGACCGAGUGGAUCGAGCACCUCGAACGCCACAGGGAAGACCCAAGAGGGGCAGAAGUCCAAAGAGCUCAGCACCAAAGAGAGGCAAAGCAAGCAGAUCAGGGCCAGUCACUCCGGAGUCAGCACUCCGACGCUUUCGAAUGACUUCGAUGACACCACCACCAAGGAGAAGGUUGAGGUGAAGCCACCACCACCUGUCAAGGCAUCAUCGGCAGCUUCGACUUCAGGUUCUCGACUUGUCCAGAUGCUGAAGGCUGCGCUGAGUUCACAAAUCCGCAAAGUCCAAGAAGAAGAUCCUGGUUCAGGAGAUGGCCAGGCAGAUGCGAUGUUAGCGGCUUUGAGGACUAGAUCUGUCAAGGCACCGCACAUCACAAAGCAGAACAUCAGCGAUCCUUCUUUCCACGACUCGAGAUACCAUGCCGAGAUUGCCAAAGGUGUUGCACACAAUGUGGCCUGGAGAAAUGAACGUUUGAGAAGACGUGCAAUCGUCCACCGACGAGGAGGAGUCAAGGCACGUGCGGCUGAAAGGAUUCGACUUGACAAAGAAUGGCAUGAACGCUUUGACAACCCAGAAAAUCCAGAAGGCAUAGUGGGAAUCGAGGAUGAAGACAACUUGGAUGCGGGCAUCGAGACGGUGGUUGUGGGCAAAGCUGGUCAGAGCACAGUGAUAGAGUUUUCAGCGGAAGAGCGGAAAACCUUGAGGCAGUUCCCGGACGACGAGGCCAAGUUGCUGCAGAAGGACCCCAAGAAGAAACCCAUGACCAAGCGUGUUCGAAGCGUUGGGUACAGGGUGAAGAAGAAUCGCAACCGCAAUGUGGCGCGCAAGAUGGCGAGGAAGAACCGACCAGCCUUGGUUCUGAAGGAAAACACUGAAGUGAACGCAGAUGAAGAUGAUGAUGAAAUGGAAGAGGUCUACAUCGAAGAGCCUGAUGAGCCUCGAGACCGACCAGGCAGAGGAGACCCCGAUGGUGGAGCUGGAUCGGCUCCUGCUGCAGUCUACAGCUUGGGGGCCUCUGACGACUGGCGAAAAUGGGAACGAGCAGAGUUGAACAUCGACACCGGUGCUGCCAUCACUGCAGUACCACUUGACUUCGCCAAGGACUACCCGAGGAGCGAGUCCAAUGGAGCAAGCUACAAGGCAGCCAAUGCGGAACCCAUCGAAGAUCAGGGAAGUGUGAAGCUGGUGGGAUACGACGAAUCUGGCAACAAGAUCCCAAUCGAUUGCCGAGUUGCAGAUGUGCAUCGGCCACUUCUUUCAGGUUCCGAGAUCGCCAAGAACUACCACAUCGCCCUUGGACCAUCUUCGGGGAGAUUGAUCCCAAGAAACACUCCUGCGGGACGGGCCUAUUCGAAGGCCAUGAAAGAUCUGAUCCGAGAUUAUGGCGAUUCAAUGCCCAUUGUGCACAAUCGCCGAGGAGUAAGACCACAAAUCAACGCUGUUGGCGAGGAUCCAGCUGUUUCAGCCGGAGCCGAUGCCAUGGAAGAUGGAGGCGAUGUUUCAGCCGCUUCGGCCGGAGCAGGGUCCUCAGGCGAUGUUCCAGCUGCUUCAGCCGGAGCAGAUGCCUUUGAAGAUGAAGUUGAUUUGGAAAUCGGUGAAGAACAGAGGAAAGCCAUUGUGAAGAAAGAACCACAUCAACCAUCCCAAGCUGAAGUUGACGAACAUGAAAGCACUGGACAUGUUGUCCAUCGGAGCUGGUGCUUGCACUGCAAAAGGGCACGUGUGACUGCUGAUCGCCAUGUGCCUAAGGAACUUGAUGAGCCAGAAACGCAGUUGCCCACGCUGAGCCUGGACUACUUCUAUAUGAACCAGGACCAGGUUGCGGAUGAGGCGACCCUUCCGAGCAUUGUGGCGAAGUGCCACAAGACCAAGAGAUUUUGGGCGAGCGUUCUCCCGGGAAAAGGGGCGGAUGCGUUCGCAAUCGCGUGGCUUGGGGGAGUUUUGGAUGAUGCUGGUUUUAAUAAGGUAAUCCUUAAGUCUGACGGUGAACCCUCCUUGGUAUCCCUUAAACAGAAGGUUAAGGAGAUAAAGACCCACAUCGAAGUGCACUUGGUGGAAACCCCAGUAGAAGACCAUCAAGCCAAUGGGUUUAUCGAAGUGGGAGUGCGAGAGAUAAAACGACAAUGUCGUGCUCUCCUCAGCGACCUGGAGUUCAAGCUGGAAAGGAAGGUAGAUCCGGGCCAUCCACUUUUGGUUUGGCUCCCGCGGCAUGCUGCCUUUCUCUUGACGAGAUACCGAGUAGGUACUGAUGGAAAGACCGCUUUUGAGCGGACCUAUGGACGAAAAUGGCGGAUUCCGCUUGUGAGGAUCGCCCUUCCCGAUGUUGCAGCGCCUCGUGAAAGGCCUGCAGUGCAAGAAGUGAUCCCAAGGAACCUCUAUGUCACCAAGAAUGACUUGGAAAAGCAUGGGCACACACCUUUGUGUCCUGGAUGUGAAGCAGCAAUACUUGAGAUGCCAAGCCGAGCUCACAAUGCUGAGUGCAGACAAAGAAUCCAGAUCGAACUUGACAAGACUCCAGAAGGUCAAGAAAGGAUCAAAAGAGCGAGAGAGAGAGUUGCACAAGGCAGGCGCCCAAGAGGCGCGGCUGCACCGCCUGAGGGUGGUGGGGCAGAAGGUGGUGAAGCUGCACCACCAGUUGUCCCAGGAGGGGAAGUUGAACAACCAGUCUUGCAAGACCGUGUUCCUUUGGAUGCGGAAAUGGAUGCAAGUGAGGCUGUUGGUGAACCACUGGUCGACACCGAUUUUCGUGGAGAACUCAGACAGAGAGAACAAGAAAGAGAAGGAAGCCCAAAGAGGCAGAAACAAGAACAAUCCCGAGGAGAGAAAAGGAGUUCACAAGUCGACGUUGAAGAUCUUUACAAUGAAUCUUCAGCUCAGGCUUCAGGGUCAGCCGGACCACCGGCACCGGAUGCUUCAUCUGGUGUUCCGGAAGGUGCUGCCGCUGCACCAACAAGUCCUGAGACAAACCAGGAGAUGCUACAUCUGUGUUCCUUGCUCAAAGAUGUGAUCGCAAAAGGGAAGGUUGCUGAGAUCUUCUCUCCACCGCGUGUGGCUGCACAAGCCCAAGUGGUCGGGCUAGCACCUGGCUUCUCGAUUGACUUGGAGACAAAGCGUGGUGAUGGAACUCACUGGGACUUGAGUAAAGAUGAACACAUUCGUGAUCUGUUUCAACUGCUUGACUAUGAGAAACCAGAGUUCCUCGGCGGCUCACCUCCCUGUGGGCCAUUCUCGAAGCUGCAAAACAUUGUGGAUGCGAAGGGCAAUGUUUCACCUGAAGUUCGAGCGCAGAGACUAAAAGAUGGUCGCAAACAUCUGCGCACGGCAGUUUCAGCGUAUGAGCAUCAAAUGAAUGCUGGAAGGUACUUCUACCAUGAGCACCCUAAAGGGGCCGCUUCGUGGGAAGAGAGAGCUGUGAAGAGACUGAGGGCAGAUGAACGGGUGUAUGAGGAGGAGUUUUGGAAGCAGCUGCCCGACAGCGAUGACACCAUCGUGGAGCCAGUGCUUGACGCACACUCCGGUGCUGUCUUAGAUGUUGACAAGGUCAGAGCCUCGAGCACUCUUCAGAGCACGAUCAGCUUGAGUUCCGGUGAAGCGGAAUACUACUCGAUCGUUCGAGGAGUUUCCAUCGGAAUGUCGCUACAGGAGAUCUUGCGAGGAGGGGUGACGGGAUAUAGGGUUCUCACUAGUUGCUACGCCAACCUUUGGCUCAAGAACACC